CGUGGCGCUCUUAUCAUUCCUACCACCAUUAUGAUGAACUCCAGCAACUGCCUUAAUAACGACGUUAUUAUGUCUAUCAAACUCCAUCACGACUUGAGUGGACUUCUUUCGAAAAAAGAAAAGACAGAUUAUAUAUUGACAUCUGCAAGCGGGAAAAAGUUUCCAGCUCACAAAAUCAUUCUUGUUGCUCACAGUCCUAAUUUACGGAAUUUGAUAAAAGAUUCAGAGAGUGAUUCUCUAUUUAUUGAUAUUCAAGACCAUGAUAUGGACCUAUUGCUUCAAUUUCUAUACACUGGUACUAUCAAAGACAUAAUAAAACAAAAUUGCAUCAAUUUAUUGAAAAUUGCAGACAAAUUUCAACUCGAAAAUUUGUUUUUACUUACACAAUAUGCUAUCGGUGAACAAAUCAAUGUUGAAAAUGCUAUAAACAUUGCUGUUAUAGCUCGUAAGUAUAAUUUGAGCAAGCUUCAAUUAAAAGUAUUUUCUUUUAUAAAAGACAAUCCUAAGGUAAUGCAAACGGAAAGCUGGGAGAAAUUACAAGAUGUAGAACUUACAAAAAAGCUGCUGGAACACAUCUAUGCGAAAGAAUGACACAUGCCUGCUUCUCGUUGCAAAAUCAAUUAGAUUAUUGUACAACGGGUUUAAGUACCAAUUAUUGUGAUAAGUAAUAAGAGUUGUGUAAGUUUAAAAAAUUAAUCAUAAUAUUAUUUCCUAUCUGUAAAAUAAUUUAGGUCUAAUUUAUAAUUCUAUGUAGUAAAUAGUACUUUGUGUGGUUGUUUCGCCAGUUGGAGAAUAUUUUCCUUGGUUACUUUAAAAUGAAGUGUACUGUACAUAAAUAACCAAAUUUUCAGUAACCAAGGAAGUACCUAAAAUUAUUUUUUUAUUAAGAAUAUUUGAAAUAUAAUUUUAAGCUAUGAUAAACUGAUAACAUCUAUCCUAGAUAUUUUUUUUAAAUUCACGAUAAUAAUCUAUGACUCAUAUAUUUUGCCAUGCAUUUCUUACUCUUAAGUUUCUUCGGUACUUAUACGUAUUUUUAAAAUGUGUUGUGACUGGCUAGGAAGUCAUCGUUACAAGUAGGUAUUAAUAACAUUUCAAAAUUUUUUUGAGCAAAGCUCAUACCUCAAUAUUGGUGCAUUAAACUUUACCUAU